GUGGCCAGAGAGAGCAGAGAGAGGAAAAGCCUGUUUACACAGACUGCAAACCGCCUGGGGAAUAAUGCAGGAAAGGAAGUGAGCCGGCUCUCUGUCUGACUGCUCCAACUUCCUGCUCACACACACACACACCAGUGAAAAAAAAGAAAAGAAAGAAAAAAAAUCAGGAUCUCAUUACAACAGAAACGCUCGCAGACGACUGUCAGCAUGGAGGACGAAGGGAUUUUACCAAUUUCUUCCUAGAACAUUAACAAGCCCGGCUGAAAGUUCCCAAGGCACAGCAAGAGUUUGGGUAUGGAGAGUGCAAUUACCCUGUGGCAGUUUCUGUUGCAAUUGCUUCUUGAUCAGAAACAUGAGCAUCUCAUCUGCUGGACAUCCAAUGAUGGGGAAUUCAAGCUACUCAAAGCAGAGGAAGUGGCCAAGCUAUGGGGACUGCGGAAGAAUAAAACCAAUAUGAACUAUGACAAGCUGAGUCGAGCGCUUCGAUAUUAUUACGAUAAGAACAUUAUUAAAAAGGUUAUUGGACAGAAGUUUGUCUACAAGUUUGUGUCCUUUCCAGAAAUCCUAAAAAUGGAGACUCAUGCUGUGGAGGUGAGCAGGGAAGGCCUAUUGCUGCAGGACAGCGAUUGCAAGAUCCCGAGUGAACUCCACGAGAGACACAAGCAAACCUUGUCGGCACUGAAGAACACUGGUCGCAAUGAGUACAUCCACUCAGGCUUGUAUUCCUCCUUCACUAUAAACUCACUGCAACAUCAGGCAGAGUACAAAGUUAUUAAAACUGAAAGCAUGGAAGAUGAGCUACAAGAAGAUGGAGAAGAUGAGGAGGAGGAGGAGGAGAAGGCUGAAGUCAAAAAUCCAGCAGAGGAAGUCAGGACUGUUAUAAGAUUUGUUACGAACAAAACGGACAAAGAAACCAUCAGACCCGUCAUUUCUUUGCCCUCGACAUCAGAAUCAGCAGCUGCAUCUGCUUUCUUAGCGUCAUCUUUUUCUGCCAAAGGAUCUUCCCAUAGAUCAUCGAAUACUAGUGUUUCUUCUUCUCCACGCUCCUCGCGAUCUCCAUCCUUGUCCCCAAAUAUAUCCUUCAGUAACGAGCACAGGAGCGUAUUCCUAGAUUAUCCUGACACCAAUGAACCAUUAAAUCUCUCAGCAGGAUCCAAAGCAAAGCUGUCCUAUCAUCAUCAUCAUCAUCAUCCCAAAGCCAAGAAACCUAAAGGAUUGGAAAUCUGCUCCCCACCUCUUCUGCUCUCCAGUAGUGAUAUUGGCUCAAUUGCCCUGAACAGCCCAGCACUUCCCUCCGGAUCUCUAACACCAGCUUUCUUUACUGCUCAGACACCCAAUGGAUUACUGUUAACCCCGAGUCCUCUUCUAUCAAGCAUCCACUUCUGGAGCAGUCUUAGCCCUGUAGCUCCAUUAAGUCCUGCCAGGCUGCAAGGACCAAACACAUUGUUCCAGUUUCCGAACCUGCUGAACAGUCACCUGCCAAUGCAGCUACCAGGGUUGGACAGAGCUUCAUCUCCAGUGCUGCUAUCAUCUAACUCACAAAAGUCCUGAUGAAGUCUAAGUGCCCUAUGGACUUAACUGAUGUAGAAAUGAAACAUCAUUUAUAGAGGAGGACUGGCCUGGAGUUUCCAAGACACUGAUCACUACACACAAUACUUAACACUGAAGCACUGGCAGACACCAUUGUCUGUUUUUUUCUUUUUUAUAGUACCAAUUCUCACAUUCUUUGUCACAGGGAUAUUUCUGUGCUACUCUGUA